AUGCUUGUCCUGACGGACGUUGGCCUAACGGUUACAAACCUGCCAGCUGAUGAGUGCAACUUGACGUGCGACAGUGCAGGCAUCGAGGAGCGAACUGCCAGUUUUGCCAGUGCUCCAGGGAAAUUAGGACGGAGGAGGCUUCGCUCAGAUAGCCAGCAAUCGAGCAUUUGCGGGUGGUUGUGGAGAGAAGGCGCCUCACAAACUCACCUUCGUGCGGUCGGUAUCUUGGACGGUGACAAUACGUUGGUCGAGUACGGCGACGAGGCACUCCGUAAAGUGCCGCGCUUAAGAGACGGCAAGGACACGAAAAUGUCGUCCAGUGUCUCGUUUCGCUUCAUCGACGCCUCGGGCGAAACGCCAUUUGCCUGA